UUCUUUGAUGAUUGUUCUGUCGUUUUCGGUCGCGCAACUCAUUUUGUUGUUGACUUGCUUAUCGUGGAAGUAAAAGUGAUUUAUUUCUUUUUAUUUGUAUUCCCCGUUUUGGUGUUAGCCCGAAAAUUAUUAAGCUAAAAGUGCAUUUACUUAACCGUUGUAACAUAUUUCAUUUACUAAGUUAAACGUUUUAUAUCCCAACAAAAAAGGAAAAUGUUUGCACUACGUUUUACCUCUACGAUACGGCGUCAACAACUGUCAAACCGUUUACCGACCAUAUUUACUUACAAAUACAAAAUAUUGGGCAUUACUCGUGCAAAAUACUCAACUGCCGCAACUUUAUUUCCAGCCAACACCAACACCACUACCAGCAAUCCAAAUGCGAUUACACCGCAAAAACUGGACAAAUGGCGUAAGGACUUCUACAGCGAACCGAAGAACAUUCUUGCACAGAAUGUCUGCUCGCGAGUUGAUCCAUUUGAUGUGUGCUUGUCGCGCAAAUCCCUCGAAACUACUAAUCAUAUAUUUACUUACAAGGUGGAAAGCGAAGGCAAACCUAUUACCAAUCAAAAGAGUUCCGGCCGAUGUUGGCUUUUUGCUGCGCUAAAUUGCAUACGCCUGCCAUUUAUGAAAAGUUUAAAUAUAGAUGAAUUUGAAUUUUCUCAGGGUUACCUAUUUUAUUGGGACAAAAUUGAGCGUUGCAAUUAUUUUCUCAAUAAUAUUGUAAAGACAGCUCAGCGCCAAGAAGUGGUGGACGGCCGUCUAGUUUCAUUUUUAUUAAAUGAUCCAACCUCAGAUGGCGGCCAAUGGGAUAUGUUAGUUAAUUUAAUAACCAAACAUGGUUUAAUGCCAAAGAAAUGUUUUCCAGAGACUUACAGUUGUGAGGCAAGCAUGCGCAUGAAUGCCAUAUUGAAGAGCAAGCUACGUGAAUAUGCCAAAGUCUUACGUGAUCUUUUGGCUAAAAAUCCUAGCGCGGAAGAGGUUACUCAAAAGAUUGAUGAAAUGAUGGCUAGUAUCUACAAGAUAGUUGGUAUCUGUUUGGGCAUUCCAUCAGAACGCUUCACCUGGGAGUAUUAUGACAAAUCCAAAGCUUAUAAAUCCAUUGGUCCAGUGACGCCGUUGGAGUUCUACGAAAACUAUGUUAAAAAUGUAUUUAAUGUGGAAGAUAAGGUAUGUUUAGUAAAUGAUCCACGCCCAUCCAGUUUUUACGACCAAACAUACACAGUGGAUUGUCUUGGCAAUGUGGUAGGUGGCCGCCCAGUGCUUUAUAACAAUCAACCGGUUGAGAAACUACUGCAACUGGUAGCUGAAAGCUUAAAAGCCGGUGAGGCUGUUUGGUUUGGUUGUGAAGUCAGUAAACGCUUUGCAUCAAAGCAGGGCAUUGAGGAUUUGGAUGUACAUGACUUUAAACUAGUCUUUGAUGUUGAUAUUCAAACGCCUUUGUCAAAGGCCGAUCGCCUAAUUUUUGGAGAAUCAGCCAUGACCCAUGCCAUGUUAUUCACUGCAGUCUCCCUAGAUGAAAAUGGUGAAGUAAAGAAAUUGCGAGUUGAAAACUCGUGGGGUGAAGACCGUGGUGAAAAGGGUUAUUUGGUUAUGACCGCUGAAUGGUUUAAGGAAUUCGGUUUCGAAGUUGUGAUUGACAAGUCAUUCGUACCACCCGAAAUUCUUAAAGUUUUCGACAUGGAACCAAUUGUGCUUCCUGCCUGGGACCCAAUGGGCACCCUAGCUUAAUAUACAUACACCUGAAGAAAAUGCGUAAUACUUUUAUACAUAUAUAUUAUACAUUAAUACAUAAAUAUAUAUUGAAUAGUUUGUGUACAUUCGUCAAACAAUGCAAAAUAAAUAACUACGGAUUAAAUAUAAAUCAAAAUAAAAA